AUGUUAUCGGUGUCUAUAAUCACCUUUUGCUACUUGGUCUUUGUCAAUGCUGACAAUUAUGCAACUUACCCCAAAGUACCCAAGACUGCUUCCAUCAAUGGUUUUGCUGAUCCAAUCAUUGACCUCUUGCCAGAUUGUGCCAAGGACUGUGUCAAGUAUAGUACUUCAAAUACUCCAUGUCCAUACUGGGAUACUGGAUGUUUCUGUGUUAUGCCACAAUGGUCUGGCUUAGUUGGUCAAUGUAUUGCAGAAAACUGUAAAGGUGAGGAUGUUGCUAGUGCUACCUUUUUGGCUACUUCCUUGUGCUCAACUGUUGGUGCAAACACAUGGAUGAUGCCUGCAUCCAUCUCUACAAUGUUGAGUACUGCUGCUGGAAAUGCCAAGGAAGUGACUACAAUCAGUGGAAAGACAGCCAUGAGUUGGGUUACUGCACCUGCCAGUGUUGCUGGUGAAGGUGAUGCAGUUGUUAGCACCGAUGGUACAGUUAUGACAGAAGUGGGAGCUAACGAAAGCAGCUCAACUGACGAUAGUUCUGCUGCUGCUUCAGAAGAAACAACAAGUUCUACUACUACUGCAUCAUCUACUACUGAAUCAUCUACAUCCAACCUCGGUGUAUUGCAAACAACAGGUAGUAUUGGAACCGUUGUCUUGGGAUUGUUAAUGAGUCUCUUGUUUUAA